AUGGCCACCGCUACAGCAUGCCCCAUCGUAGGAACCACAAACGACGUCCUCCCUCCCAACCACCCGGACAUCGACCUCAGCAAACAAGGCCAGAAAUGCCCCGUCGUGGGCGCCACCACCGACCACCACCACAACCUGCACAAGCACCCUCCGGUGCAUAUCGAGGGCGCAAAGGGCGGACCCAUCGCAACCGCGUGUCCCGUGCUGAAGCAGGUGGUCGAGCAGCCAAAGAGCAAGGCCAUGGACGACGAGAUUUGCCCCGUCGUGGGCACCGCUACGACCGUGUUACCGCCGGAUCAUCCGAGCACCAAGGAUGCGAAGGAGGGGGAUGUGUGUCCGGUUACGAAGGCGACGGUGGGGCAUCACAAGAGUAAGGUGCAUGAGCAUCCGGAUGUGAAGGCGGCGCAUAAGGGGGCGGUUUGCCCUGUUGCUGGUGUGAAGGUGUGA